UUUGGGUGCGCGCGCAGCCGUACUGGUGACCGUUUGCUGCGUUCCUCACAGAAUUCUGGUCACCGGGCGAACCUGAGAAGCCGCGCUCGCGCCGCUGCCCUGGACCCCCCUUCGCUGCAGACCCCCCCGACCCGGGGGCCUCGGACCCCAGGGCUCAGAAGGACGGAGCCGGGGCCGAACCGGAGCUGCCGAGGGCCCUUCCGGUCCCCGCGGCCAUCUCCCAAAUCUGGCCAGGCCUAUGGGACCAAUGAGGAGUUCCUGAAUCUUGAUAUUCAGAAACUGAAGGACAAGAAGGACAUGCUGGAUAAAGAGAUCUAUCAACUAAUAUCUGAGGGCUACAGUGUGGAUGAACUGGAUGACCACAUCUCCCAGCUCCAUGAGUAUAAUGACAUCAAGGAUGUAGGACAGAUACUGCUGGGCAAGCUGGCUGUUAUCCGAGGUGUCACAACUAAAGAGUUGUAUCCAGAAUUUGAUCUGGACAUGAGUGACUGAGUAGUUGCGUCCAGCCUCUUGUCUUCAGCCUACUGGGACAGCAGAUGUGCACAGGAAAAGCAGUCAGAGCCCAUCCACUUCACAUGCAAAUUAUCCAGAGAAAAUGCUAGAUUCUGUACUAACUUGGAUGAACCUCUGAGUGGUGGAUAGUGCCAAUUCCAGGGUUUCUGAAGGGUCCCAGCGCUUCUUGUUUCUGGACAUGUGCCUUCAUUUUUUCCAUUUUUAAAAUAUUUUUGGUGAGGUUUGAACUUGAGUCCUCGUGCUCCCACUUGGAUUUUUCACUCAUGAAAGGCACUCUUCCAUUUGAGCCAUGCCUCCAGUUCAGGCUUUUUGCUGGAUAAUAAGAGAGAAGACUCUUGAAUUUGUCUGUCUGGGAUGGGUUUAGACUGUUCCUUACAUAACAUUUCCUAAUAAACAUGUGCAAUCUUGGUAUGAA